AUGGCUCUUGCAACUUCUAUGCGAUUAUCUACUCCAUUACCAACAAUUAAUACUGAAGAAAAAUCAACAAAUAUAAUUCCUUCUAGUCCAAUAUCAACAUCAUCUAUAACGAAUAAUAAUUUAACAAAAUUAUAUAAAUAUUCACAAGAAACUGAAAUAAAAUCAUAUGUUGAUCAAAAUGGAACAAUUCGUCAAUAUCGACAAUCAACUGAACGUGCAUUACUUGCUCAAAGAAAAAUAUUUCUACGAAAAAAAUUAGGUGAAGGUUCAUUUUCAUCUGUACGAGAAGGUUUCGAUAUAUUUCAUCAACAUAAAGUUGCUAUUAAAAUAGUUGAUACACAGCGAGCUUCAAAAGAUUUUCAAGAAAAAUUUUUACCACGUGAAUUAGAUAUUUGGCCACGUGUUAAUCAUGAAAAUAUUAUUAAAAUGUAUGAUCAUUUUAUUGAAUGUGGAAAAAUUUUUAUGAUACUUGAAUUUGCUUCACAAGGUGAUCUUUUAACAUAUGUUCAACGAGUUGGUGCUAUACCUGAACAAAAACGAACAUUAUGGUCUUAUCAAUUAUGUAAUGCAGUUAAAUAUCUUCAUGAACUUGAACUUGUACAUCGUGAUCUUAAAUUAGAAAAUCUUUUACUUGAUAUCAAUGAUAAUAUGAAAUUAUGUGAUUUUGGUUUUUCAAAAGAUGUACUUAAAUGUAAAGAAUAUUUAAGUAAAACAUAUUGUGGUUCACGUGCAUAUGUAUCACCUGAAAUUUUACUUGGAUUACCAUAUGAUGCAAAAAAAGCUGAUAUAUGGGCUAUUGGUGUUAUUUUAUAUAUAUUUGUUACUGGUGUUAUGCCAUUUAAAGAAGAUAAAAAUAAUCAAUUGAUUUUAAAACAACAUCAAAAACUUCAACUUCAUUGGUCAAAUGAAAAUGAACGUGAACAAUCGGCACGUAAUCUUAUUCUUAAUAUAUUUACAUAUGAAUGGCAAAAACGACCUAAUAUUCAACAAGUUAGUACACAUCCAUGGUUUACAAUAUCUCAAACAUCGAAGAUAAUAUCAAUGCCAAUUAUACGAUCUAAUCGAACGGCAACUAAACGUAAAAGUCGUUCAUCUUAA